AUGAAAGAAUAUCACACAUACCAAGACUACAAGAGAAUCAAGCAACAGUACACUCAGGAGAGUCCUCAUUUAGACAAUCCUGUAACCAAAGUAAAGUUUCUGUUUGGACAUGAUAUUGUUCCUAGUGUGUCUGGUCCCACUUUCUCCUCUUGGGGUGAACAAUUUCUUAAGGAACCAUAUGUUUGGUAA